AGUGACGUAAAAGGCGCGUGCUUUAAAGAUGGCGGCGUCUGUGGAUGUCGGAAGUAACACUAGUGUUUUCAUUAGCACUCAGCUAAAGUCUAAAGUUUAGAAAACAGUUUCGACUCGAUUGGACGGAUCACCGCUCACGUCGAUAAACUGCACCAGGACCUGUCAGAAAAAGAAGUGGGAGAGGGUUUGCUAGCUGGUUAGCAGUGUAGAGGCUGCGCCUACACCCGCCCACUACUGAAACCUUACCGCGCGUAUUUGCAUGAAGUUUUAACGGUGUUUAGUUUCAGAAGUUCGUGUUUUUGUGGAUGUUACCUAGUCUCUGGCGCUAGCAAGGUUGACAAUUAGAUAAGCGAACUUUUCUUCCUGGCAGCUAGCUGUUUAAUUUAGCGUAGCUGACAGGUCCAUAUGUGACCUUUGCUGUGGUUACUACUUCCGAGCGAACUGUCGAGAACUUUUCUGCCACUGCAAGUUGUCUGGUUGUUGCACUUUAUGAAUUGGGGAGCACCUUGUAAUUAGUUCUUUCGUUAUUUAAAGACAACUUUGCUAGCUUGGUAAUGCUUCUGUUGAACUGUGCGAACUUUUAGUUGGCUAGUUGGCAAGCUAGCGAACUAGCUAAACUGACAGGUGGGCAGCUGUCUUCUUAUAAUAGCUACUAGACCUGUUAUAAAGCUAGGUUCUAUUCUAUACCUGUGAGGGUGGUUAUAGGGAGGAUAAUAUAACAUAUUUGGUGAAGUAUUUCCAUAGCUGAAAAUUCUGUUGGUCUGUAUAAUAAUGCUUUGAAUAAGUCGUAUAUUAUUACCCAAGUGAACCUUUUUCUAGUUAAAGCUAGUUUUGCAUUAUUCCACUUCUCCUGGAUUAUUCACCCCAUCAAUAUCUGGAAAACAAAAAGCUUUAAGAGUUGAAUGAUCAAAAAAAUACAGGCCCCUAACAAUUUAAUGCAGAGGGACAGUUUUCUUUCUUUUUUUCUUUUUUUGGGGGUUGCCUGGACACUUUUCUUUCCUACGGUCCCUUUGGGCACACUGACUACUGCUUAGAUAGGUGGGAAGCUGCAUCAUUUUUUUUUUUUUUUUUUUUUUUUUUUUUUUUUUUUUUUUUUUUUUAUAAUACCUGUCAUUAACCUGUGUUAUAUUAUUAUAUACCUGUGAGAGAGAAGAUAUAAUAAUAUAAUGACUUGGGUAAAGAAAUGAGAUAUUUCCAUAGCCGAACUUUCUGAUAAUUCUACCAUUUGGGAUGUCUGUAAUCAGAAGAGACUAGGUUCCUGCAUUAUUCAACCCAUCAGCAUCAGCAUCUUCAAGCAGAUUUGCCCUUCCUGACAGGUUAAUGCACUGGUGUAGGUUUUCACCCAGACGGUUUUCGUUUCCUAGGGCCUCUUUGCAUCCACUGUCUACUCAGGGCCCCUACGAUCCUCCUUAUCGUUCACCUGUUUACACACAUUCGGACAGAACCACUAGAGUCGCAAACGUUUGUCACUAGAAUGACACUCCGUACUUUAAGGACAUUUCUCUGCUGUCGAAAUCCAGUCGUGACUAUUAUCAACGGGAGCGGUCGGCUGUAUUUCCAUCAGACUGGCGUGUGUAAAGACGCUUUACAGGCUGACCGUGGUUUCAAACCUUCAAAAGUUGCAGUGGUGACUAAAACCACACGAUAUGAAUUCGAGCAGCAGAGGUAUCUCUGUGCUGGACUGUCGGAAGAGCCUCUCAAACAGCUGCUUGCCUUGAAGGGAUCCAGUUACAGUGGACUUCUGGAAAGGCACAACAUUCACACGCGCAAUGUUGGACACAUAGUGAACAAUCUGCAAAAGCAAGGCAUGGAGGUCCGUGUGGUUAAAAGAGGAGAGUACGAUGAAGACACAGUCAGAUGGGCAGAUGCUAUUGUGUCUGCUGGAGGUAGGUUCGUUUGUGCUGAUGAAUCAGGAGGGGAAAAAGGUGAUGGCACCAUGCUGCUGGUUGCUAGUAAAGUGUUUGAUAAGAACAAACCUGUAAUAGGAGUCAACACUGAUCCAGAACGGUCUGAGGGCCAUCUGUGCUUGCCUGUACACUAUACACAUGCAUUCUCUGAAGCAUUACGAAAACUUAAGAAGGGAGACUUCAGGUGGCAGUGGCGCCAGCGAAUCCGCAUACACUUGGAGGGCACAGGGAUCAACCCCACUCCAGUGGAUCUGCACGAGCAGCAGAUGAGUUUAGAGCAACACACCAAAGCACACCGCAUCACCACCAACUCCCAGCACAGAAGAACACAUGAAACCUACAAUUCACCCUACUUACUUCCUGUCCGAGGACUCAAUGAAAUCUUCAUCGGAGAGUCCCUCUCCUCCAGGGUGAAGUAUAAAUCCUUCAAACCCCAUCUUACCCUCUCGCUCCAUAGGGCUUCCUACUAUGAGAUCUCCAUUGAUGAUGGGCCAUGGGAGAAGCAGAAGAGCUCAGGACUUAGCGUUUGCACUGGAACUGGAUCCAAAGCCUGGUCUUAUAAUAUUAAUAAACUUGUGGAACAGACUGUGGAGGACGUCCUUCGAAUAGGCAAAGAAAAAACUUCUUUGGAUAUUCCACUAAACCAGGAAGUCAUCAGAAGCGUGACUGAGGCAUACAAUGAAGCGCUCAUAUUCAGUCCAGAGGAGAACAGAGUUUUCUUUAGUGUCCGAGAGCCCAUCGUCAACAGAGUGUUCUCCAACAGCCGCCAAAGAGGAUUUGCAAGCAAGGUGUGUGUCCGCUCAAGGUGCUGGGACGCCUGCAUGGUGGUGGAUGGAGGAACAUCCUUUGAGUUCAACGAUGGUGCUAUUGCCACUAUAAGCUUACAUGAGGAGGACCUGCUGAAAACGGUUCUGCUUGAUGAUUGAACUCAUGAACGUAGUUUAGCAUCGGAACUGCAUCAUCAAGCCUGGACUGGAAAUGAUCGCUGACGUAAGGUCAGAAACGGGUUACUGUUACAACCUGAAGGCUCAUUAUGUUUGAGAUGAAAAUGAACUUGUACUUUUAUAGUUUUACAGGUAGGAUAAGAAUCUUUGAGGUGUUGAUAUGAAAUCCCUGCUAUUUGCCCCAGAUGGAAAUUGAUGCAUUUGAUCAGGAAGAAUUGUCUUGGAUUCUAGCCCAGACAAAAUGUCAUGCGUUUUGUUGCCAUUAUUCUCCACUGUUAAGAAGAAAUCUAUAUAAAUCUGCAAGUAGAUCAAUUUUGUUUGCACUUUUGGAUUGCUGCCAUGCAAAUGUGAAUAUAAGCAGGAGACAUGCAGCAUUGAACAUCCAGGGGUGUGUGUGAUUAUGGUGAUGCGUUCGCUAGUUGAUGUUUUGGUACAUGAUGCAUAUUCCAAAAUGUAAUGCCAACAAAACAGUAUAGCCACAUGAUGAAUCAUGUUUGUUCCGUAAUAACUACUUAAUGCAAAAAAAAAAAAUUUAUACCCAGUCAACCCAUUUUUCAUCUGCUCACAAUAUUUUCUAAAGACUUUACCAAAAUAGAAACCGAUUAUUAAUGUAAACUAAAGUGAUCAUGACAAGUAUUUGGUAAAUAUGAAUAAAUUAAUUCAGUAAACACAUGCAAAUGUUAGCUCUCCACUGGGCCAGAUACACUCCUGUGUUAACAAGCUUAGGAGUUUUUUGUUUUGUUUUACAAGUUUCAAAUCACUUAUCACUGGUGUGUCCACAAAGUUUUUUGGGUCCUGUCAGAUCCCAGUUCUGAUGCACAGCUCUAGUUUACAUUUUCAGUUGGUCAGUGUUACUGAAGUACUGAUGAUGUGAUAUUGUCAGAAAAGUGCAUAAUGGAAUCAUUUAUUGCAAUACUUCUGUACCAUCAUAUCACCCACCCCUAGUAUUCAAUCAUCUAGUAGUAUUAAAUGUAGGCGCAUGGAAUUGUUUGCUUUUCCGCUCCUCAAAGAGGACUUGUUCGAAAUUUGUGAAGUCGUUCGGUAGAAUUGAUGAAGCCCUUCAGGUGAGUGACUCAAAUAGAACUGUUGCUCGGAUGUACUGAAAUAAGACAUUCAGCCCUGAAUCAGUUCAUUUACACCACUUAGUGGCCAUGUGGUAUGAAAUAUAGUAUUAUGAGUUAAGAAGCCCAUGGUAUUGGCAGAUCAGAGCAUUACACGUUGUAUUGCUGCACUAAACUGUUCUUGUUGGAAAGGAGUGUGCCAUAGUAAGUUUUGUUUAGAGAAAAGACAACAGUGGUGUGUGUUGCUGGUUUCUUUAUAAAAAAGAUAUAAAAGUUUAUAAAAUAAACUUGUUUCAUGUUCUAAUUUUGGAAGGCUUGAAGGCCAAAUUCUAAAAGCAAGUAUUGUUUACACACUUUAAAAUUAUGUUUACCCAAAUUAAUCAUAACCAAUCUUGGCAGGUCUCCACUCCCUUCCGAAAGUGGAACAGUGAGGCUAAUUCUAUUGUUUUCACUACAUAUUGAAGACUGAUUGAGAUUCAGCAUCUCAGCUUUCAUUUCCUCAUACAGGGCGACCAUUUCACUCGCAUUUGCGACUGAAAAGUACUUUGUGCGACUGUGAAAAAAUAUUUAGGAGCACCGAUGCGAGUGUCCUGUUCAGAGUUGUGUAUAAUACAAUCUGAAUAAAAACAAACUCCAAAAUGCAUCUACACUGCGCAAUGGUUACCUUCACACUGCUUUUCAUGUCCUCAGUCAACCGAACAAGUUUGUAAAUACUGCAAAGAAGCAGUUAUGAUGACGAGUAACUCUGUACAUCAUCUGCUUCUCUCAACUUCCCGAUCUCACAAACCGCCAUCCUUUAUUGAUCCCGCAAAACGACCUGCACCUGCGACCUGCUCGUGUAAACACAGUGGCGUCAGCCGGAGUAAAUUAAUAAUAAUGCUAGCGCUACACAGUCGGUUUUAAUUCAAACUUUAUUAAAUAAUUCCUCACCAAUCAUAAUCAAGAGUAGCAACUUUUCAGUCUGUAAACAUACAGCACACUGCUGUUCUCCUUCACACGCUUCACCAACCCUAAUACACAGCUCAUUCACUUCAUUUAAACAGCAUCAGUUGAUAAACAUUGAGAGAACUGUGAAGAAAAUCCCAAAUGCAAGAGCCAGUGAUAUCACCAGCAAACUUCACAUGGCAGGGGUGGAAGUAUCACAAUCCACCAUUCAAAGACUUCAAGUGUAGAAAUAUAAAGGCCAUACUACCAGAUGCAAACCACUAUUCAGCAGUAAGAAUCAGAAAGCCAGUUAGAAAUACAGAGAUGAGCCACAAAAGUUCUGGAAUGAAGAUUAACCUCUACCAAAGUGUAGAGAAAGAAAGGAUCUGCUCAUGAUCCAAAACAGAUGCUUAUCAGUCAAGCAUGGUGGAGGUUGUGUCAUGGCUGCUUCUGGAAUGGGCUCACUAAUCUUUACUGAUGAUGUAAAUCAUGAUGGUAGCAGCAGAAUGAAUUCAGAAGCUUGGGAGGAACUUCAUUAUGCAGAAAGACAAUGACUCAACACAAUAAAAGAUUUGAUUUCUAGAAGCCUAGAAAAGCAUCACAAAAGAAAAAGGUAACAGUUUGGUCAUGUCAUCAGAUCAUCAGCUUCUUGCAGUUAUUGCAAACAAAGGCUAUGCAACCAAAUAAAGUGUUAUUUGUUUAAGACUCUAUUCCACUACUUUUGCUCACCUAAACAUCGGGUGGUCUACCACUAAGGGUGCCAUGUUUUACAUUGCUUAACACAUGUAGAUAAGUAUCAGGAAAUUGAAGCGGAUAUUCUGAUCAUACCCAAAUGUCUUCAAUGUAUAGUGAAAAGAAUAGAAUUGACCUUGCUGUUCCAAUACUUUCAGGGGAACUGUGCACAUGCUAACAGCUGCCUGUGGUGUUAAUGCUAUUCAAACUCAUGGUUUCAUGACCACAGGUGUGCCAGUUUUUAAAACUGUCAACUCGGUAACCUCAAGGACUGACAAUGACACCAAGUACUGUUCCUCAUAUUUUUACUAUAGAAAAGAGAACAAAAUUAUAGCGCAAAAUAUUUUAUUUAAAAUCAGUGAACAUCCAAACAAACAAGUAAAUAUUCAUAAAAAAUACAAUGUCUAUCCAACUUCUCGAUAGAGAACUGAUUCAAGUUUCCUCAUGUUCAUAAUCAGUGGAAAAUACCGACCGAUUUCAAGACUUUUUGGUCACAAACAUGCCUGCUACACAUUUAAGAACAAAUUAAAAUCAACCAGGAAACAUUUGGCAGAUCUGUUUUGCAGACUUGACUCUUCUAAUUAUUUAGAAGUUAUGAAUAGAAAAUAUUUCAGUGAAAUGUCACACAAAGUGAGUUAAAUAUAUUGCAGCAGGUUUCCCGAAAUAGCAACUUUUAGGGGAUAAGGGUUUUUAAAUAAAAAAAAUCCUGAUCUAUAGUACUUCAGAUUAGCCAAGUCAAGACAUGAGCUGAGGAUCAGGGAGCAGACUUGUGAUUGUCAGGACAGACAAUUGCCCAGGAGCUGGUAACUUUCUUUUAUAAGCUAGUUGCUUUACCACGUGAACUGAACACUACUUAUUGCAGCAGACUUAUUUUAAUGCUGUAAGGUCUCAAACAAAAACUCUGCACAGUGUACAAAGCAAGUAAGCAUGUAGGAGGGAUGCACCAAUCAUACAGAAGAUCAGUACUGAAACACUGGACAUGUUUUCCAAUCUUAUCUAAUGAUGUAUAUUUAAUACAUGCUGGAUACACUCCUCUUAAAUGACACUCAUAACUUGGUUAUGAUCAGAAUGGUCAUCUUGUAAGUAAUGAAUAAAACCCUGGAAAAUAAUUGUGACAGUGUUCCAGUUGAUUUAUUUUCUAAUAACAGCACAAUGUUUUAUUCAUGGCAAUGUGCCAAUGAUUACAUUUUUUAUUUCAGAGAAUGACAGGUUAUACUUUGUCCAGUUAUCAUUACAUUUUAAGUUAAGAAAGCAAAACAGGUUUGAUAUAGCAGCUUUAAGCAGUCACUCUCACCAGCCUCUCUCUCAUUAAAUAACACAAAAUGCAACUUGUCAUGUUACCGAUGAACUGGAAACUCGUAUUCCCAAGACUUUUUUUAUAGCAGAAAAUGCAAGGUACAACUUUACCCUCAGUUAUAAACACGGACACACUGAGACGCCUAUAAAAAGUUUUUAAACAUCUCAGAGAAAACUUCAAUAGAUCAAACAACCCUCGUUUUUAACCCAUUUAAGUGGAGUCUCAAUCAUACAUUUGAGUUACAGCCAGCACUAUUCUAAGAUCUGCUCUUAUUUAAUAAACAAACAAAAAAAGAAAAGAAAAAAAACCCAUCCUAACCAAUCAGAAUUAAGAGUUCAACAUUAUUAGCUGAAAAAAUAAUGUCAACAGAUUUUUUUUAAGGGGGAAAAAAAUAAAAAUAAAAAUACUCAUAUCCCAAAUGAAUCAUAGGACCAGUGAUGCCCUCUCAGGUUCCUAAGCACAGAUGCAACAAUGUCAAGGUUUGAACCCUCAAUCUCCUAAUGAUGGGGUACAACCACUGUGCCACUCAGAAACCCAGCUGUACCUUUUAGUCUUUACUCAAAAUUCUGAUUUCUGUAUUGUAUGGGUGCAUCCCUAUGAUUCACUAAUUUAUUAAAAUGAGGAUCUGGAACAAACAAUACAUGAUAACACAUCUAGUUUAAAACUACUGAACUGAACAAAACACCAUUAUAAUAACACGUUAAAGCACUAGAAGUCAUUCACAGUUAGGUUGAUGCUUUGUAAAGGUCUAAAAUCGUUGUUUUUCACAUCUUUUUCCUAAAAACUUGAAAAGGAAUAAAAACCAACAUUGCAGUGGAGGUCCUUUACCUUGCAAAAAGCUGUAGUUAUCGCUAGUGGUAACAAAAAGCAUGUGAGAUCAAUUCACAUUCUUUGCUCACAGAAACAAGUUGUAAACCAGUUGAAAGUGCAAAAGUGUUGAUGCACAUCUACAGUCCAUACACGAUCAGUACGUAUGAAAUCAAGGAAAGAUCCUGUUUCCUACAAGCGAGAAGCGAUUUAUACAGCAUGCUAGUUGAUAUCACCAUGACAACAGUGACUUCACAAGGUUUCCACAUUAUCACUUAAACCUAUUCAUUAUUUAAAAACAUCCUAAAAAAAAAAAAGGCACCUUUUGUUUGGCUCCUAGCUAAACUGUGCUGCAGCACCGGUUAGGGUUUAUACACCAGUCGACAGUGCAUUCCCCACAGCGUGCGGUCUUUUCGCGUUGCCGCAGUGGGACGGGCCACACCUGAGAACGGCUGGGUGUUGAUCUGUGUCCGUGGCAACCCUUUACUCAGGAUGGGCAGGGAGCUGUCCUGUAUUAGACCAAACACCUCCAGGGUCUGCAGAGUCACGAACUUCUCAAACUCUCUAGAAACCAAAAAAAAAAAAAAAAAAAAUCAGAAGACACCAUUUAAUAUGGCAAAGAGCUUUUAAAAUAAAUAAAUAACGCGUUUGUACAGUCAGUAAUUAUUAACUAAAUAAAAAUCCACACUUCUGCUGAAAGUUAUAUAAUUAAUCAUAUUCCUCAAUAAAUUAAAAUGACAAAUGUCAAAGGUCAGUUGGACGAAGGUAAAACGUCCGUCAAAAUUU